AUGUCCAACAGAAGCACCAUCACUGAGUUCCUGCUGCUGGCAUUCGCAGACACGCGCGAGCUGCAGCUCCUGCACUUCGCACUCUUCCUGGGCAUCUACCUGGCUGCCCUCCUGGGCAACGGCCUCAUCCUCAGCGCCGUAGCCUGCCACCACCGCCUCCACACCCCCAUGUACUUCUUCCUCCUCAACCUCGCCCUCCUCGACCUGGGCUGCAUCUCCACCACUCUGCCCAAAGCCAUGGCCAAUGCCCUCUGGGACAACAGGGCCAUCUCCUAUCAAGGAUGUGCUGCUCAGGUCUUUUUCUUUCUCUUCUUUCUAGCAACAGAGUACUCUAUACUCACCGUCAUGGCCUACGACCGCUACGUGGCCAUCUGCAAGCCCCUGCACUACGGGAGCCUCCUGGGCAGCAGAGCUUGUGCCCAGAUGGCAGCAGCUGCCUGGGGCAGUGGCUUUCUGUAUAGUAUCCUGCACACGGCCAACACAUUUUCUCUGCCCCUCUGCCAAGGCAAUGCUGUGGACCAGUUCUUCUGUGAAAUCCCCCAGAUCCUCAAGCUCUCCUGCUCAGAUGCCUACCUCAGGGAAGUUGGGGCACUUGUGUUUAGUGUUUUUUUGGCCUUCGGUUGUUUUGUUUUCAUUGUGUUGUCCUAUGUGCAGAUCUUCAGAGCUGUGCUGAGGAUACCCUCUGAACAGGGCCAGCACAAAGCCUUUUCCACGUGCCUACCACACCUAGCCCUUGUCAUGCUCUUUGUCAGUACUGGGAUGUUUGCCUACCUGAAGCCCCCCUCCAUCUCUUCUCCCAUCUUGGACCUGGUGGUGUCAUUUCUGUACUCGGUGGUGCCUCCAGCUCUGAACCCCCUCAUCUACAGCAUGAGGAACCAGGAGCUCAAGGAUGCAGUGGGGAAACUGUUUGGAUACCUGCUUCUUCAUCAUAAAUAA